GCAGGACCACUCUGGUAACCCGGGGCGGCACCAUGAAAGCCCUCAAGAAGGAAUCCCGUGUCAGAAUACCAGCCAACAGGUUCCUGGAGGCCGCCGAGAGCGUCAAAGAAAAAAAGCGGACAAAGGUACCUGAACAGCCCACUCCCCCUAUUCAGGAAGAGCCUGAGCCUGUCAGCAAUGUCUUACAAGGAGAUGACAUUCUUGCCUUGGCCAUUAAGCAGGAAGACUUGAAGAAGCAACAUGCCCCUACGUUUGCAGAAAUGGGAGAAAAGCCUAUCAUUACUCAGAAAUUCAUCAUCCGUAAGCUCAAGCGGAAGGAUUCUAGUAGAAGAAAGGUCUACCAGUUGGUAGCACAUCCUGCCAACCCAGAUGCCGCCACAAAGCCCCUGGACUACUCUGGUCCCAGUGACAGCUUCAUAAGCAGUGGCCAGAUCCUGCCUCAUCAGAUCUUGGGGAGUCUCCAGGACUUUAAAAGAAUUGCAGUGGCUCGAGGGAACAGCCAGGUGGCCAAGCUCAUCCACACCCAGCCCUGUGUGAUGACCCUCAUCUCGGCUAAAGAAGAGCCAAAGUCAAAGGCCUUGAAAGAAGAGAAGAGGCCUCCAUUGGCCCCACCUCUUCAGCACAACUUUUUGAAGAACUGGAGAAGGCACCUUGCCUUGUGGAAGAAGCAACAGGAAGCCCUCAGCGAGACCCUGAAGAAGCCACCCAGUGAUCUGUUGAUGCAUGCUGGGGAGAGCUACAGAAAGAUCCAGGAGGAGCGGGAGCUCAUUGACCGCGUACUUCCUACCCAGCAUGACAGAAAAGGGGCAAGUUGUUUCUGGAAUCCACUGGAAUACCUGGGGGAUGAGAUGACAGGCCUUCUCAUGACCAAGACAAGAACUCAGCGUGGCCUGGUGGAGCCCAUCACACACAUCAGGAGGCCCCACUCCAUCCAAGUGGAGACCGGAAUAGCACCCCAGAAGGAUCCGUGGUACCGCUACAGCUGGGACAGGAGUCUGUUUCUGAUCUACCGACGCAAGGAGCUACAGAGUAUCAUGGCAGAACUGGAUUUCAGCCAGCAGGAUAUCGAUGGUCUGGAGGUGGUGGGCCGUGGGAAGCCUUUCUUAUCUGUCACAGUGGAAGAGCAGCAUUCACCAGUUCAAAAGAACCAGGAAGGCUCCUCUGAAGACACAGUGUUGCCAAACUCAUUGACCAACCUCUCCGACAUGGCCCCUAUGCCUAUUCUUGGCCCUUCACUGCUGUUCUGUGGGAAGCCGGCUUGCUGGAUCAGAGGCAGUAACACAGAAGACAAGAAAAACAUUGGAAUUGGUGUCCGCCUGACAUUUGAAACCCUCGAAGGGGAAAAAACCUCUUCAGAACUGACUGUGGUCAACAAUGGCACUGUGGCCAUUUGGUAUGACUGGCGACGGCGGCCCCAGCAGGAUUUUUUCCAAGACCUAAAGAGAAACAGGACACAGCGGUUCUACUUCAACAACCGGGAAGGUGUGAUUCUGCCUGGGGAAACCAAAAAGUUUACCUUCUUCUUCAAGUCUCUGAAUGCUGGCAUCUUCAGAGAAUCUUGGGAGUUUGGGACCCACCCUAUCCUCCUGGGAGGUGCUGCCCUUCAGGUGACCCUCCAUGCCAUCUCACUGACCCAGGACCUUUACAUGGAGGAGAGGAAGUUGCUGGAGAAUAAGCUGGCUGCCCACGAGGCAAUCUCCGUGGCACAGAGCGUGCUACAAGAGCUGCUGAGGGGCGUCUCGACUCCAGAGCGCAUACCGACCCCCGUGGACGCCUAUCUCACUGAGGAAGACCUGUUCCGGUACAGGAAUCCUCAGUUGCAUUAUCAGCAUCAAGUGGUGCAAAACUUGCACCAGCUGUGGAACCAGUACAUGGCGCCCAAGCCGAAACAGGAGGAAGUCGUCACCCACAAAUCCCGGGUUGGCCGAGUGCCCUUAGUGUUUGUCGAGAAGACUCUGGAAGACCCCAGUCACCCGAUGAGCAGCCAGUCUCCGGUCUUGGACUACCCACAAGUGCCACCUCGUCACGGGGUGGUCACCAUCAAGGAUCCCCGAGAUACCUUCCUGCCUCACAAGACUGGUAUAGUCACCAAGACAAUGCCACGGAAGAGCAUCAUGGAGGAGAUUCUGGUGGAGGAGGGUCCUGACAGGGAGAGUACCAGGAGCCCCUGGGAGCUGGAACACCUUCUCCCGUCUAAAUGGAACCUCUGCCUGGAGGAUUUCAGAAAGGCAGUGCUGACCUUCCCUGAGGAGCCACAGAGAGAGGGUGCCCUUAUCCAGCUCAACAAGGCAGCUGUGGAGCUGUGCCAGAAACAGAAGCCGCUGCAGUCGGACCUUCUGCACCAGCUGUGUUUGCAGCUGUGGCGAGAUGUGAUUGACAGCCUGGUAAGCCAGUCCCUGUGGCUGAGGGCUCUCCUGGGUUUGCCUGAGAAGGAGACGGUUUAUUUGUAUGUUCCAGAAGAGCAAGGUCAAAAAUCCUCUACAGUCAUGGAAGUGAAGGUGGCAGUCGGGAAAGUUGGGAAGGAGGAGCGGAAAGGAGCCGCCCAGGAAAGGAAACAACUGGGUAUCAAAGACAAAGAGGACAAACGGGGAGCCAAGACACCAACCAGAGAGGAUCGCCUGAAUAGCAAGAAACAGAAGACAAAGGAUGACAAGAAAGUGGUGAAGUCUACAAGCCGGGACAGGCUCCCCUCAGAAGAUCCUACCCAUGACAGCAUGACCCCUUCACAGGAGCCCAUAGACCCCCUGGUCAUGGAGAAAUAUACACAGAGGUUACACGCUGAGGUCUAUGAGUUACUGGACAACCUGGUGACCAACAUGAUGGUCCUGGCUGACGAGCUUGGCCCCGUAAAGAAUGCUGAAGAGCCCCUGCAUUUUUGUAGCUGAUUCUCGGGCUCCAGCUGCCUCCUGGGGAAAUGGUUAGAAAAAAAAAAUCAAUAAAGAAUCUUUGGG